AUGGACGGCAGCGGCAAGGAGGGAGGCCUCAGUGUCACGCUCACGAUCCGCCUGCUCAUGCAUGGCAAGGAGGUUGGAAGCAUCAUUGGUAAGAAAGGGGAGACGGUGAAAAAAAUGCGCGAGGAGAGCGGGGCACGGAUCAACAUCUCCGAGGGCUCGUGUCCCGAGCGAAUCGUCACCAUCACCGGCCCCACUGACGCCAUCUUCAAGGCCUUCGCGAUGAUCGCAGAGAAGUUUGAAGAAGACAUUAACAGCUCCAUGACAAACAGCACAGUGACCAGCAAGCCGCCCGUCACCCUGCGUCUCGUGGUGCCAGCCAGCCAGUGCGGCUCGCUCAUCGGCAAGGGUGGCUCCAAGAUCCGUGAAAUCCGAGAGUCGACAGGGGCACAGGUGCAGGUUGCCGGCGACCUGCUGCCAAACUCCACGGAGCGAGCCGUCACAAUUUCUGGCACGCCUGAAGCAAUCAUCCAAUGUGUGCGGCAAAUCUGUGUGGUCAUGCUGGAGUCCCCACCUAAAGGUGCCACCAUCCCGUACCGGCCCAAGCCGGCCGCUUCCGCCCCGGUGAUUUUCGCUGGCGGGCAGGCGUACACCAUUCAGGGACAAUAUGCCAUUCCUCACCCAGAUUUGACCAAGCUCCAUCAGCUGGCUAUGCA